GACACACUUUUUUCUUUUUUAAAAACCUGUUUUAGAAUGACGUUUUAGAGGAGGCACGGACUGCUGCAAAAGAGUUGGUUCAAAAAAUAUCAAAGUGGGACACCGUCUGUAGAGGCUUGAAUAGUGAGUUCCCAAAUUCAAAUGCCGUCAAGAGAAUGCAACAAACUGCUGCAGAAGUGAUUGUUGCUGUGGGUAAAAGUCCAAGAAUAUCAGGUACUCCGAUUUCGGAAACAAAUCCGAAACUGCAAUUCGAAGUAGUCCACGAGAGCCCUUCUUUCUUAGCUGAAAUAUCUCGACUUGAAAUGGAAUUUUUCACAGUGAAGCGCAACCUUGAGACCAACAGCCAAGACUUGUCCAUGCUAUCAUUUAGCUUUGGGCUUACACCAGAGGAAAAGGAAAAUCAAAAUGAGGAGAUUCAACAUGAAGAGGUUCAGCAUGAGGAGAUUAAAACAAAGAAUGGAGAUGGCACAGCCCAAACAUGCAAUCUCACUGCAUUGGCAGAUGAUGUACAGAGUCACCCCCAAAUUGAACCUAUCCCAGCUUUUCCAAAGAGUGCAGUUCAAGGGCAACAAGAAGAAACUGUUCUUUUUCAGCCAACCCCACCAUAUACUCACUUUACAAGUCAAGAAAUUGCAUCCGGUCCUAGCCCUACUCGAAGUCCUGUAUUCAUUAAAAGACGACUUCAGCCCCAAAGGAAGAAAGAAUUUGCACGCGCCUUAUGUUCUCCUUUUUGGAUAAGAAACAUGGAAGCACUCUCACGGUUGAGCCGUGCUAAGAAGGUUCUCACGGACUACGUAUUCAACAAAUCUCUUUUACUUGGGGAAGUUUUGUACAAAGACAUGUUUUGUGAAAUGAAGCGAAGCGAUUUAAUAUCCUUUUCCGAAGGUGCUGCACUAAUUAAGCUUGCUGAAAUGGAAUACUGUGGCACAACAAGGUAGCGAGACCUUGUUGUCAAAACAGGAUGUGAUUUGUGUGGAUAUAGGGCCAGGUUAACAUUUGUAAUAUCCUCAUUUUGCUUCUAUAGGUGUCAAGCAGUCAUGAUGCUUGGAACAUUUUUCAUUUUAGUCCACUCUUUAGCUUGUAACAACUGGAUAGCUUUUGUACCCU